CGGAACAAGCAAGCAAGCGUCCCCGGUUAUCCUGCCGAGCGUCUGUCAGAUUGCACGGUGGCGCUUCGACGAUCGUACGCGUCAAGAUGAUGUUCCUCCAGCCAAAGCGUGCUUACGCGCCCAGCCACAAACGGCUGUUCCCCGAAGCUUGGAGAGAUUCCACGCACAGCGAAGACGAGCGCGAAGUCUCGGGUCCCCUGCGCCCCGUCGGCGUCGGCGUUCUUCUGCUGACCGCGUUCUACGCCAUCAGGACGUACGGCCCCGAGCAGACCUCUCCGCGAGAGGGCAGCGCCUUCGACCCCGCGUCCGCCGCGUCGAACGGCUCGCAGGCCUCGGUCGCCGACACCGAGCUCUCCCCGUUCUGGCUGACCUCCGAAGAAGAAAGCCGGACCGACUACGCCAUCUGGAGGCUCAAUGCGUCCGUUCGCUGGCGUCAGACCCAUUCGUGGCUCCACACGUGCGGCGUGUUCGCGGACCGACGCGUGAGGCCCACGCUCGUCCGCUUCCUGCUGCUGGCCCCGACGGUGCAGCUGGUGCCUUCGUACAGCGCCAACGGCACCAACUACGGCCUAUACGAGUGCAUCUUCCUCAAAAGGAACGUCACGCCCGAGCGAGGCACGUUCUUGGUCGAGACGCGUGCUCGCCACCCGGACGAAGCGCAUUGGCCGGUGUACCGCAACCGCAGCGCCAGGGUCGAGCUCUGCGUCGGCGACAAUCCUCGGACCAACUGCUCGUACUCCUGGAGCAGCGAGGUGGUAGUGAAGAGCGGGACGAGCGUUCCGGUCGGCGGACUGACGAGCGGCCCCUACGAACCUGUGCUAGCCACGUGCGCGGUGCCUGAGGACGCGAACGUUCGCCUGGUGUCGCUCGUGUACCGCCGCGAGGAGAGCGCCUUCUGGUUCGUGCCCCGCCAGCUUCAGUUCGGCGUCAGGAAACAGAGAGCCUCGGUCGGCGUCUGCGUGCCGCCCUGGAUCUCCGAGGACGGCGUCGGAGCACAGCGCGACCUGCUCGAAUACCUGGCCUACUACGUGGCGCUCGGGGCGCGCCACUUCAACGUCUACGUGAACGCGACCGACCAGCGGACGUUGGCGUUCCUCCUGGCGCUCAGGAAGCGAAGCCCGGUGAGCCUCACCUACAGGUCGUGGCCUGGCGUUCCGGCUGACAACAGCCUGGCUUUUGCUGAAGCGGCGCUCGUCAUGGACUGCGCCUACAGCUACGCCGACACGCCCAUCGAAUACGUCACCACAGUCGCCCUGCAAGAGUUUGUCGUCCUACGUAAGGCGUCGACCUUCGGAGACUUUCUCUCCAAGGAGGCGUUCGCCAACGCGACCUCGUUGACGCUUCUCAGUCAGCCCUUCACCACAGAUGGCGCACCGAACAAGUACGACAUGCUGCUAGGACAGCGAGACAAGCUACGCGUGCGACCCCUGCUGGAUCCACCGGGAAGAACCUCGAGAGUCUUUCUCAAGGCCGCGCGCAUUGUGGAGGCCGACGCUGCCCAGGCCUACCACGCUCUACAGCCCAAUCCAAUCACCGUGGACAGCGAGGAGGCAAUUGUGCUGCGGCACGUGACGACACCGGAUGACGACAGCGGCAGAGGCGAGCCUAUCGCCUCCGCUGACUUCUCCAACUACACGAACGAAGACUCGAGCCUGGCCAAGUGGCAAGCGCAGAUCUCAAGCUUGUCGCCGCUUCUGUGGUUCCGUUGGAACACGACGAAGAAGAAGGACUGGCACGUAAUUCGACACGACACGCCGCUCUAAACGGCAAACAGACAGGACGUUAGGACUCGCCUACAAAAUGCACCACGCAAAUUGUUAUCGGAAGCAGCUCAACAGCGGACAUUUGUAUUACCACUGCUUAAAGACAGAAAGAAAA